AUUACGAAUAACAACAUAACCUCUAAUUAAUUUUUAUUUUGAAAAUCUUUAAAACGAAACAGAAACAAUGAAAGGGAGACUCUUACUUAAAACGCUGUACUGCAGCUUUGUGCGAACCGGGCGGCCGAAUAUUCAAAGACUCAAUAAACAACUAUCUGUGAGCGUUCAAAUAAACUUUUCAAGCAACUACUGUACGAAAGUAGAAGCUAGUUUAGAAGAUAAGAAACAUUGUAAUAUAGGAACUAUAGGGCAUGUAGACCACGGCAAGACGACCCUUACUGCUGCUAUUACUAAAGUCCUCGCCAAAGACGGACUCGCACAGUUUGUUUCUUACGACCAAAUUGAUAAAGCACCAGAGGAAAAAGCCAGAGGUAUCACAAUAAACGCCGCACACGUAGGUUACACAACGAAAGUCCGGCACUACGCUCACACAGACUGUCCGGGACACGCAGACUAUGUCCGCAACAUGAUAUCCGGGGCGUCUCAGAUGGAUGCGGCCAUAUUAGUUGUAGCUGCCAAUGACGGACCAAUGCCUCAAACAAGAGAGCAUCUUCUACUAGCCAAGCAAGUUGGAAUACAGCAUAUAUUGGUGUAUGUGAAUAAAGCUGAUUUGGUUGAUAAUGAGCUUCUAGAACUAGUGGAAAUAGAAAUGAGGGAGCUACUAUCAGACUUUGGGUUUGAUGGCAACACGGUGCCCAUCAUCAAUGGAUCAGCUCUUUUGGCCCUGAAUGGUGAUGAAACUGAAUUAGGAGCACCAUCAAUAAGGAAGCUUCUAGACACAAUAGACGAGUAUGUUCCUCCCAUAGUGAGAGACGUGUCAUCUCCGUUCCUGAUGCCUAUAGAUAAUGCCUUCACAGUACCAGGUCGCGGAACAGUAGUAGUGGGAACUAUAAAACGGGGCACGAUGAAACGAAAUGCUGAUGCCGACCUAAUGGGAUUUGGAUACAACAUCAAGACAACCCUGUCCGAUAUACAGAUCUUUAAGAAGAGUGUUCAAGAGGCCUUAGCUGGCGACAACGUGGGCGUAUUACUACGAGGCAUGAAGAUGAAGUCAGUAGAGACCGGGAUGCUUCUAUGUGCCUCCAAGAGUUUCACACUAAGCAACCAUUACAAGGCGAAAAUAUACUUUCUGACACGAAGCGAGGGUGGCAGGAAGAAGCCGAUUUUCUCGAAAUAUGCCCAGCAAAUGUUUAGCGGGACUUGGAAUAUCGCUUGUAGGCUGGAUUUAGAUCCAGAACAGCACAUGAUGAUGCCAGGCGACCACGGCGAGGUGUACCUCACUCUCCUAGAAGGCAUGGUAAUGACUCCGAGCCAGCCGUUCACCAUUCGAGAGAACAAUGUGACUGUCGCCACGGGAAUUAUAACUGAGUUGCUGCCGUCUAUUGAAGUGCCUAAGGGUAAACUGGGGAAGGUUGUCAUGAAGUAUGAGGAUUUGAAGUGAGGAGUGUAGGUUAGGAUUGUAUUUGCUGGAUAUAGAUACAAUAGGUAUGCCUCAGUUUUUAAAAGAGCUUCAUAAAUUGGUUAGAUAUUUGACUCAUUUUUGAAGUCAAAAUGAUAAAAUUCGUGUUUCAAAUGAUCCUUUGUAAGCCUUUUGUAAAAUUCAAUGAAUAAGGGGAUUAUUUACUGUGGUAUGUGAGAUUUUAGUUCUUGUGUAUGUGUGUAAUAUAGUGUAUAUUUAGUCCUGUAAAUAUUAUGUAGAUAUCUAUGAAUAUAUAUAAUUAGUUAGUAAGUGUUAAAUAAAACAUUUAAAAACUG